CGGGGUUCUGGUUAGCUUUUGGAUAUUGGCUAAUAACGCGAAACCGGAGAGAGUAAUUGUUGUUGUUUGCUACAAAGGUAUUAGGACAAUUCAGUAGCCUUUUGCUUUCUGUGAGUGACAUUAGUCAAGCGGAUGACUACAACUACGACUGGAGAGUCGAGAAGAAACCAACGUACGAAGGAGAAGAUAUUUUGUGUCUAAGGAAAUUGACAGGACAGCAACCGAUGUAUGGUUGACAGCAAAACAGUGGCCAAAGGCUACUGCUGUCAGCCCACAGCCAGGCUGCACACAACAGAACACCCAAAGCUGCAGGUUAUCAAAGAGAGGAGGUUCUCCCUAAGCAGAUGGAGUGCAGACGCAGUGUAGAAAAGAAGGAGCCACACAGUCCUAUCAUUAAAGAUGAAGAGGAAGAAGUUUGCAUCAAACAGGAGGAGAUCGAUCUUUCCAUUGCAGUGAAGACGGAGGACGAGGAAGAGAAACCUGACUCUUCGCUGCUUUAUCGUUUGACUGAAUGUUCAGGUGAACAUGUAAAACCGGAGACUGAGGAUAAUGCAGAAGACUCUUGUGAGACCGAAGACAGUGAUGAUGAACGGACAGAGACCAGUGAAGUUAUAAACAAACCUUUCACAGUAACGAAAUGUGUGUUCUGGGAAACUGAAGAAAACAUGCGUGAGAAGCUGAGCUUUCCCGAAUGUGGACAAAGGAUUUCCAAGCCAGAUCUGCCGUGUCUUACGUAUCAUAACACGGAAAAAAGAAUCAUUAAGAAGGGCACUCUGAUGAGUCGUGAGAAAUUUCAUACGAGCCAUAAAUCAUUCCGUUGCUCAGAGUGUGGUAAGAUAUUUACUAAUAAGGCUGUAUUAACCAUACAUGAGCGUGUUCACACAGGAGAGAAACCAUAUACAUGUCCUAUUUGUGGGAAAAAAUUCUCCCAGAGGGCACAUCUCUGGGGUCACCAAAAAACCCACACAGGAGAGAAACCCUUUGGUUGCUUUUAUUGUGAAAAAAGAUUUGUUUCAAAAAGCAAUCUUAAAAGACACGAGCAAAUCCACUGAGUCAAAUAAUUUAGUUGUGCCAAAUGUGGUAAAAUAUCUAUGUCAAUUGGGAAUUUGAGGAGCCAUGGGAAUAUUCGUAGCAGAAAACUUUUGCAGGUCAGAGGCGAUUUGGUUGCAAUAAAAAACAAGCAUAUUGUGAAAGAAGUAUUUAUAAUAAAAACCAAUCUGAUCAGACAUGGCAAACUUUCUAUUCCACUGUGGAAAAACAUUUACAUUACAGUGGUAUAGAAAAGUUUGGGCCCUCCCUUAGGCCAAGGGUCGGCAACUCGCAGCUCCCUAUCAGUCCAAUUAAGGUCUUGCACCCCUUUAGCAAGUAUCACAGCUUGGGGGCUACUAGGUAUUAACUAUGCAGGGUGCCCAAACUUUUGAUGUGGCCCUUUUCUCUUUUCUGUUAUUUUGAAAAAAUGUCAAAGAUGAAAAUAAAACCUGAUUUUCUUUAACACGUA